UAGCUCAAUGCAAAUUGUGGGAGGGGAAGAGAAGAGCCAUCUUACUCAUUAAAAGUUAUCAGUGCAGCUCUCUGGUCCUGCCGCUCUGCACACAGAAACAUGCCUUGACCCAAUGUGCACUUCCAUGUUACAGGAAUGGUUGGAAUUUUGCGAACUGCAGACCUUCUUGAUCGUUUGGACUAAUUUUCCCAAUGAGAUGCGCGUGAGCCAUGGAAUUACCCGUGAUAUGGAUGUGCUUUGGAUUACUUGUUCAUCUCUCACCUUUCGGAUGCUUGGAUCUGCAUCUAUCGGAAACACUCAAGCCUGGUGCAACCCUGGCAAAUGUAUCAAUCGGACCAGAAUGGACGUACAGAAUCGACAGACGUCUCACAGAUAAGUCUUUUCGACACUUUCUGAAGAUCGGGAGAAGUGAUGGGCUUCUUUUACUCGCGCGGAAAUUUGACUGCGCUCGUUUGCCGAGAAAUCCAGUGCCAAUGUAUUUGCGGAUUAAACCACAGCUUUCUGAAAACUUCAUACUGCUCCAUUUCAACACAUUCGUGCAUGGUCAGAACUGCUACAUCAAAUACAAAAGAAAAAACCUGACUCCAGAUGCCUUUAUGUAUCUCGUGACUGGAUAUAAUACGUGUUUGUCUUUUGACUCCUUACCUAUAAACAUUUACGAAAGUUUACCUGUUUCCUUGCGGAAUUCCCAGAUGUUUCGUGGUAGGUGUGUUGAGAAAACCCAACGGCGUGUUACUCCCCUCACAAACCGAUGUUUACCUCAGAAUCAGCGAGAUGAGGCGAAUUUAAUUUGUUUAAUGCCUAAUUCUGUGAAUAGCUCUUUAUAUGUCGACGUUAAGUUACAUUUAAAUAGAAAACAAACUGGAAGUGAUUUUGACCCGUGGGCUAAACGUCAAAAAAGAAACGUGAACUCCGCUCCUCAGUUUCAACUGCCAAACUACCAGGUAUCAGUGCCCGAGAACGAGCCCUCGGGGACGCGUGUCAUUACACUCAAAGCCUUCGAUGCCGAUGACGGAGAUGCUGGUGUUGUUGAAUACGACAUGGAAGCUCUUUUUGACAGCAGGUCUAACAAUUUAUUUCAAAUAAACCCUGAAACGGGUGGUAUAACUACUUUACAACCUCUAGAUAGGGAAGUUAAAGAUACCCAUGUGUUUAAAGUUACUGCUACUGAUAAGGGGGUCCCUAAAAGAUCAGCUGUUGCCUACCUCACUAUCACAGUCAGUGACACUAAUGACCAUUCUCCAGUUUUUGAGCAGAAUGAGUACAGGGUUAAUAUUCGUGAAAAUGUAGAGGUAGGUUUUGAAGUUAUGACUAUUAGAGCUACAGAUGGAGAUGCCCCUUCAAAUGCCAAUAUGAUUUAUAAGAUUGUGAAUGAUGAUGAGGUAAACUCAUGUUUUGAAAUUGAUCCAAGGAAUGGGUUGGUCAGAACCAAAGUCAGACCUGACAGAGAAGUCAAAUCUCAGUACAAGCUUUUUGUUGAAGCAAAUGAUCAGGGCAGAGAGCCUGGUCCACGUACCGCCACAGCCACAGUGCAUAUUUUUAUAGAGGAUGAGAAUGACAACUACCCUCAGUUUAGUGAGAAACGAUAUGUGGUUCAAGUUUCAGAAAACAUUGCUGUCAACACACAAGUGGCUGUGGUGAAGGCCACUGAUAAAGAUGCUGGGAAUAAUGCUAAAGUGCAUUACAGCAUCAUAAAUGGGAACAUAAAGGGUCAGUUUUACAUACAUUCCCCUACUGGGGUCAUUGAUGUUGUCAGCCCUUUAGAUUAUGAAAUGAUUAGAGAAUACACACUACGAGUGAAGGCACAAGAUGGAGGGCGACCACCUCUUAUCAAUGGCACGGGUAUGGUUGUAAUUCAGGUGGUGGAUGUUAAUGAUAAUGCCCCCAUGUUUGUUAGCACACCUUUUCAAGCCUCAGUGUUAGAAAAUGUUCCUGUUGGUUACUCUGUGAUACACAUUCAAGCCAUUGAUGCUGAUUCAGGUGAUAAUGCUCACUUGGAAUAUAAACUGACCGACACAUCGCCUGGUUUUCCAUUUGUUAUCAAUAACAGCACAGGAUGGGUUACAGUUAGUGCUGAACUGGAUAGGGAGACAACAGAGUUUUACAGUUUUGGAGUGGAGGCCAGAGACCAUGGGGUUCCCACAAUGUCAUCUUCAGCUAGUGUAAGUGUCACUAUACUUGAUGUUAAUGACAAUGUCCCCACCUUCACACAGCAUUUGUAUAACCUAAAGGUCAAUGAGGAUGCAGUUGUGGGCACCAGUGUGCUUACUGUUUCAGCUGUAGACAGGGAUGUAAACAGUGUGGUAACAUACCAAAUAUCUAGUGGGAACACACGGAACAGGUUUGCCAUCAGCAGCCAGAGCGGAGGGGGACUUAUCACUUUAGCAUUACCUCUGGAUUACAAGCAAGAACGCCAGUAUCUACUUACAAUUACUGCCUCAGAUGGUACACGCCAUGACACAACUCAAGUCUUUAUUAAUGUGACUGAUGCCAACACUCACAGACCAGUAUUUCAAAGUGCCAACUACCAAGUUUUAGUGAGCGAGGACCGACCUGUAGGCUCCACUGUUGUUGUCAUCAGUGCCACAGAUGAGGACACUGGUGAAAAUGCCCGCAUCACUUAUGUAAUGGAGGACAACGUGCCACAGUUCAAGAUUGAUCCUGAUACUGGUGCCAUCACAACUCAGAUUGAAAUCGACUACGAAGAUCAAGCUUCCUACACACUGGCUAUUAUUGCCCGUGACAAUGGCAUUCCUCAAAAAUCAGAUACCACCUAUGUAGAAAUCAUCGUUCUUGAUGCUAAUGACAAUGUACCCCAGUUUCUCCGGGACAUCUACCAGGGAACAGUCUUUGAGGAUGCGCCAGUGUACACUAGUGUACUCCAGGUAUCAGCUUCAGACAGAGACUCUGGAUCUAACGGUCGGCUGAGCUACACCUUUCAGGGAGGGGAUGAUGGCGAGGGGGACUUUUUUAUCGAACCUUACUCUGGAAUCAUUAGAACUGCCCGCAAGCUCGACAGGGAAAAUGUUGCAUUGUAUACCCUUAAGGCAUUUGCAGUUGAUAAAGGAGUGCCCCCUCUCAAAGCAGCUGUGGACAUUCAAGUGUCAGUGCUGGACAUAAACGACAACGCCCCUGUUUUUGAAAAGGAUGAGUUGUACAUUUAUGUUGAAGAAAACAGUGCCGUAGGCUCCACUCUUGCCCGUGUCAGUGCCACAGAUCCAGAUGAAGGUACCAAUGCUCAGAUCCUAUACCAGAUUGUUGAAGGCAAUAUUCCUGAGGUCUUCCAGCUUGACAUUUUCAGCGGAGAUCUAAUUGCCCUUACUGACCUAGACUAUGAAACCAAAAUGGAGUAUGUAAUAGUGGUCCAGGCCACUUCUGCACCCCUUGUCAGUCGCGCCACUGUACAUGUCCUUCUUGUAGAUGUCAAUGACAAUGACCCCAUUUUACAAGAUUUUGAGAUCAUUUUCAACAACUACAUCACUAAUAAAUCCAGCAGCUUUCCAAAUGGAGUUAUUGGGAAGGUUCCUGCUCAUGACCCAGAUGUGUCCGACAAACUUAUCUACACAUUUGUUGAGGGAAAUGAACUCAACCUUCUGGUUCUCAACCAAGACACUGGGGAGCUAAAGCUGAGUAAGGACCUGGAUAACAACAGGCCGCUUGAGGCAACGAUGAGGGUAACAGUUUCAGAUGGACUCCACCAGGUCUCAGCCGUCUGCACCCUCCGUGUGACUAUCAUUACAGAUGAUAUGUUGACGAACAGCAUCACCGUUCGUCUGGAGAACAUGUCUCAGGAACGUUUCCUCUCCCCCCUGCUUUCCCUUUUUGCUGAAGGUGUAGCCGCAGUUUUGUCCACCACUCCUGAUGGCAUCUUCGUCUUCAAUGUCCAAAAUGACACAGAUGUUAGCGGAAGCAUUCUCAAUGUCACUUUCUCUGCCCUUCUCCCUGGUGGAGCUCCGGGGCGUUAUUUCCCAUCAGAGGAACUUCAGGAGCAGCUUUACCUGAACCGCACCUUGCUGACUCUUAUCUCGACUCAGCGCGUCCUGCCGUUUGAUGAUAAUAUCUGUCUGCGUGAGCCCUGUGAGAACUACAUGAAAUGUGUAGCUGUUCUGAAGUUUGACAGUACGGCACCAUUUGUGGCAUCUAAUACAGUGCUGUUCAGACCUAUACAUCCAGUAAACGGGUUACGCUGUCGGUGUCCGGAUGGAUUCACUGGAGACUACUGUGAGACGGAAGUGGAUCUUUGUUACUCAGGCCCAUGUCAGAACAACGGGAAGUGCCGCAGUAAAGAAGGGGGAUACACCUGUGAAUGCCCGCAAGAUUUUACAGGAGAGCGCUGUGAGGUGAAUGCCCGCUCUGGCCGAUGUGUUCCUGGUGUGUGUAAGAAUGGAGGCAGGUGUUUGGAUCUGUUGGUGGGUGGUUUUCUGUGCCAGUGUCCCGACGGCGAGUACGAGAAGCCCUUUUGCCAGAUGAGCACACGCAGCUUCCCCGGCCAGUCCUUCAUCACCUUCAGAGGCCUGAGGCAGAGAUUCCACUUCACCCUCUCCUUCAUGUUUGCUACAAGGGAGCGAAGUGCUCUUCUGCUGUAUAAUGGCAGGUUUAACGAAAAGCAUGAUUUCAUUGCGAUUGAAAUUGUCGAAGAGCAAAUCCAACUGACUUUCUCUGCCGGAGAAUCUAAAACCACAGUGACUCCAUUUGUAGCUGGUGGGGUUAGUGAUGGACAAUGGCACACAGUACAUCUACAUUACUACAACAAGCCUAAUAUCGGACGUCUGGGUGUCCCUCACGGGCCAUCGCAGGAGAAGGUUGCAGUGGUGGCGCUGGAUGACUGUGACGUGUCAAUGGCUCUGCGUUUCGGAGGACAGAUUGGGAACUACAGCUGUGCAGCCCGUGGCACUCAAACCGGCCAGAAGAAGUCGCUGGAUCUCACAGGUCCUCUACUCGUUGGUGGUGUCCCAAACCUGCCUGAAGAUUUCCCAGUCCAGAACAGAGACUUUGUGGGCUGCAUUAAAAACCUGACCAUUGACAACAAACCCAUAGACAUGGCCAACUUCAUCUCCAACAAUGGCACUUCAGCAGGUUGUGCAGCAAAACGUGACUUUUGUAGCCAGGCUGUUUGUCAGAACGGAGGCGUUUGUGUGAACAGAUGGAACACCCACACCUGUAACUGCCCAUUAGGCUAUGGAGGGAAGAACUGUGAGCACGUUAUGCCCGCUCCACUGCAUUUUGAUGGCCAUGCGCUGGUGUCAUGGAGCGAUACAGAUAUCACCAUCGCCAUUCCCUGGUACAUGGGUCUUAUGUUUCGCACACGAAAAAGCACAGGCGUUAUUCUACAGGCUACUGCUGGAGAGUUCUCCAAGAUUAAUCUUAUGGUGACCAACAGAUUCCUACGGUUCCAGGUGUUUUUAGGGAACAGACGUGUGGCGCUCUUAGAUUUUCCUCAGGUGUACGUGGAUAAUGGAGAAUGGCACCAUGUGCUUGUGGAGCUCAAGAGUGGAAAAGAUGGAAAGGACAUCAAAUACAUGGCUAUUGUUUCUUUGGACUAUGGCAUGUUUCAGAGGACAGUGGAGAUCGGUAAUGAGCUGCCCGGACUUAAACUGAGGAACUUAUUUAUUGGUGGACUGCUUAAGAAAGACGACACUGUGCAGGGUGGAUUUAAUGGCUGCAUGCAGGGUGUGCGAAUGGGCGAGACGUCCACCAACACUGCCAACAUCAACAUACGGCAUGCAAAGCGAAUUCACGCGAAAGACGGAUGUAAUGUACCUGAUACGUGUCUGGCUAACUUGUGUCCAUCACACAGCCGCUGUACAGACAACUGGAUGUCCCACAUGUGUGUCUGUCAGCCAGGUUACUUUGGCAGGGACUGUGUAGAUGCGUGUCUGUUGAACCCUUGUGAACACACUUCCUCUUGUGUUCGCAAACCCAGCACUAAACGUGGCUACAGCUGUGACUGUGGACACAAUUACUACGGCCAGUACUGUGAGCACAAAGGAGACCAGCCUUGUGCUCAUGGGUGGUGGGGAAACCCGACAUGUGGGCCCUGCAACUGCGACCUCAGCAAAGGCUUCAAACGGGACUGUAAUAAAACCACAGGAGAGUGUAGCUGCAAGGACAACUACUUUCGUCCUCUCGGAGGAGACACUUGCUACCCGUGUGACUGUUUCCACUUGGGCUCUCAUUCACGGGUGUGUGACUCUGUGACGGGACAGUGCUCCUGUAAGACAGGUGUUGUGGGCCGGCAGUGUAACCGCUGCGACAACCCUUUUGCUGAGGUCACAGUCACCGGAUGUGUGGUGGUUUAUGAUGGUUGUCCUAAAGCCUUUGAAGAGGGCAUCUGGUGGCCCCGGACCAUGUUUGGUGGCCCUGCAGCUACCAACUGCCCCAAAGGAUCCAGUGGCACAGCUAUCCGUCACUGCAGUGAUGAUAAAGGCUGGUUUCCAUCAGAGCUCUUCAACUGCACGUCCCUCAGCUUCUCAAAGCUCAAGAAAGAGAGUGAGUAUCUUCAUGCAAACGCUUCUCGAAUGGAUGGAGAGAGAUCCAGAAGUCUUGCAGGUCUGCUUCAGACGGCCACGGGACACACGGAUCGUCUUUUUGGGAAUGAUGUAAGGACUGCCUACCAUCUGCUGGCCAGUGUGCUGGAGCACGAGAGUCUGCAGCAGGGAUUCGAUCUCACUGCCACACAUGAUACUGAUUUCAACAGGAACAUUAUUAAAGCCGGAAGUGCCAUCCUCGACCCGCUCAACCAGGAGCACUGGGAGAAGAUCCAGCGAUCUGACAGCGGUACAGCAAACCUGCUCCACCAGUUUGAAGAGUACGCAAACACUCUGGUCCAAAACAUGAGGAAGACCUACCUGAGACCCUUCACCAUCAUCACUGACAACAUCAUUGUUGCAUUGGAUUUUCUGGACUCCACUGCAAGCCAAGAAAAGAUACCUCGAUUUCAGGAGGUUAAGGAGGUCUUCUCAAAAGAGAUGGAGUCUUCAGUCCUCUUCCCAAACCUGCUUAUCAUGUCAAAGAAGAGCAAAGAUGCUUUCAGCACAGAUCCUCCAUCCCAGAUUAACUCAACUGUGUCUGUGAUGAGCAUGGAUGGAUCAGAUGUUGUUGAUCUGACACCCUCCAUUAAGAAAAGACGGCACGCAGAACAGCCUGAUCCCCCUGCUGCAGUGAUGGUGCUGAUCUACAGGUCUUUGGGUCACCUUCUUCCAGAAAGUUACGAUCCAGACCGACGCAGUCUAAGACUGCCCAAUCGUCCUGUCAUCAACACGCCUUUAGUGAGCGUGGUGGUCCACAAGGAUGGAGAACCGCUCUUAAGCCCUCUCCAAAGACCAAUAUUGCUGAACUUCAGGCUCCUGGAGAUUCAUGAGAGAACCAAACCUGUGUGCGUCUACUGGAACCACUCCAUCCUAGUUGCUGGUGGAGGUGCCUGGUCUUCUAAAGGCUGUGAGCUGGUCUUCAGGAACUCCACUCACAUCAGCUGCCAGUGCAGUCACAUGAGCAGCUUUGCCGUUCUUAUGGACAUCUCCAAACGAGAGCAUGGUGACGUUCUUCCACUGAAAGUGGUGACCUACACAACAGUGUCAGCAUCACUGGUGGCCCUCCUCAUCACCUUCCUCCUGUUGGCCAUUCUUCGCAAGCUGCAUUCCAAUCUACACAGCAUCCACAAGAACUUAGUGGCCUCCAUCUUCCUCUCAGAGUUCAUCUUCCUCACUGGCAUCAAUCAGACUGACAGUCCGUUUGUUUGUACAGUUGUGGCCAUUCUUCUACAUUACUCAUACAUGUGCGCAUUCGCCUGGAUGUUUGUGGAGGGGCUGCACAUUUAUCGAAUGCUGACUGAGAUGCGUAACAUCAACCAAGGCCAUAUGCGGUUCUACUAUGCCAUUGGCUGGGGGAUUCCCGCUGUUAUUACCGGUCUGGCUGUAGGUUUGGAUCCGCAGGGUUAUGGAAACCCUGACUUCUGCUGGCUGUCUGUUUAUGACACGCUCAUCUGGAGCAUCACAGGACCAAUAUCCAUAGUAGUGCUGAUAAAUAUAGUCCUAAUUGUGCUGGCAGCCAAAGCCUCGUGUGGACGGCGCCAGCGAACAGAGAAAUCAGGAGCGAUCUCUGCUCUUCGAGUGGCUUUCCUCCUCCUGCUGCUCAUCAGUGCCACAUGGCUGCUGGGUCUGAUGGCGGUCAACAGUGAUGUGCUGUCCUUCCACUACCUCUUCGCCAUUCUCAGCUGCCUACAGGGCAUUUGCAUCUUCUUUUUUCACUGUAUUCUCAACAAAGAUGUGAGGAGAAACCUGAAAAGUGUCUUUACAGGGAAGAAAAUACCAGCUGAGGAUCCUAGUGUAACACGAGCGACUUUACUCACGCGUUCUCUGAAUGGUGACGUCUACACGGAGGAUGGAGGUCUGUACCGAACCACCAUUGGAGAAUCUAGUGUGUCUCUGCAGAGCUCAGUCAGAUCAGGCAAGAGUCACGGUAGCAGUUACCUCGCUUCCACAUUCAGGGAGAAGAAACGCAGCAUAUCGUCCAAUGGUGGACAUGUGGGACACGAUGAAGUAGACUCGAUGCUGUUUUUUCAUAAGAGUAAAAAGACACAAGAUUCAGAUUCGGACAGUGAGCUGUCUGCAGAUGAGCACAGCAGCUCUUACGCUUCCUCACACUCCUCAGACAGCGAAGAUGAGGAAAGACACUCCAAAACCAAGUGGAAUAAUGAGAGGACUCCGGUUCACAGCACUCCUAAAGCAGUCGAUGGUGUGUCUGGUCAUGGAAAGCCAUACUGGCCAGAAGAGAUGCCCACAGCCAGUGAAAGUGAGGAUAUGGUGCGUCCAGAGAAACUGCGGGUGGAAACGAAAGUGAAUGUGGAGCUUCAUCAAGGCAAUAAACUGAAUCACAAUGGAGAUCUGUCUCAAAGUGAAGGUCCACCUAGUCAGCCAAACAGCAACCAGCUGCCCAGAAGAGGCAUUUUGAAGAACAAGAUCACGUAUCCUCCUCCACUGACAGACAAGAACAUGAAGAACCUCUUGAGGGAGAAGCUCAGUGACUACAACCCCCCCCAGAUCUCCCGUAAGACCCCGUCACCCGGCUCAAACGAGGGUCUUCGCUCAGGACCCGAGCCACCCAGCAUUAUCAUCAAACCACCUCCAGUACCACCCAAACCUACCCUCAACGGCCUCACACUGGACCUGACCACCCGUCCCGUCACCCUAGCGGAUGAAGACUUCCAUUCAGAUGGCAGCAAUGAAACUUCAAUCUGACUCUUCUGAAGGAUGAAGGAACUGAAAGUGCUUUAAGGAAUCGGUUGCCGGAUCCGAAAAGCACAAUAUUCUCCUGCUCUGAAGUUGUUUUAGUAUUUAUAAAGAUUCAUUUAAUACAAAUGGAGGCUGGACGCAAGGUAUCCCAGCUUCCCAAGUUCUACAACAAGUCCACAUUGAACUGGACGAGGACAGAUAACGUUUCUGACAUUGUGGAUUUGGCGUUAUUUUGAUACAGACUGAUUUGUACAGUUUAUUGCGGAAUUCAUCGGUCACGAACGAAUGACUUGUGACGUGUAAGUAAUGUUUAUAGAUGCAUUUUGUACUUUAGAUGUGUAUUAGGUUUGUUUGUAUAAUUCUAAAUUAGGAUUUCAUUGUGAUGCCAAUACUGAGUAUUUAUGUUUACGAUGGUAUUUUCUACAGCACUAUUUUGAAUGUGUUCAUAUUGUGGUUUUUUAUAUUAUGCAUUCAAUUGUAGCUUAAUUUGAUGUAGCUUAAAGGGUUCAUUCACCCAAAAAUGAAAGUCUGUCAUAAUAUACUCAAGCUCAUGUUGUUCAAACACAACACACCUGCAUUCAUCUGUCAACACCGAUUAUGAUAUAUAUAUAUUUUUAAUAAAUUUUGAGAUUUCUGUUCCUGUAUUGAAAGCCUAUUCACCCAAAACUCAUUUAAAUGUAAAUUAAUACCAAUUUGUAUUCUGUCCAUCUUAUGAAGUGAUCAUGUCUCUAUUGUACAUGUCUCUUGGGUUAAACGGCUUGAUAUAUAUUUGAUAUUUAUUUAUAUAUAUAUUUUUUUAUGCUAAAAGACUUUCAAUGGAGGGACAGAAAUCCUAACACUUGAUGAACAAGUCAUAUAGGUUUGAAAGAACAUAAGAGUGAGUAAAAUGAUGACAAUUUUCAUUUUGUUCUGAACGAACUCUAUUUUCUUUACCCCACUCAUCUUUCAGAUGAAUUAUCGGUCCAUCAUACAUCAUUUCUGUCGUUGGGUUCAAAAGACAGGUGUAUUUUUGCAGUUUUUACCUCUGACAGUAUUUUCCAGCCUAUGCCCAGCAUGCCUCAAUGUCUCUGCCAGUGCUGUACAUAGACAAACAGUGUUUUGUUACAUUUGCUCCACCUCUAAGGGUACGUUAACUCUUUACAUUUCCUUUGUGGGCCAGAAAAUGCACGUUUUUGAAAAUGAAACAAUUAUCACCUCUAUUUAAACUGCAAAAUUUAUAUUGUGGCAAUAGUAUACAUUUGCAUCAUGACAUCAUAUGCAUGUGUAUUAUAUAUAAUCUCAUGGCAAUUCGUAACGUUUUGAUUUUGAGGCCAAUUCGAUUAAAUUUGUACAAUCUCAUUAGUAAGUUUUCAACCCAGGCUCAUUCUGAUUACGUACCCCUAUAUACAUUUCUGGAGAGUGCAAAAUACCUCCCAGGAGCUAUGUUUUAUUGCAGUUUUUGUUUUCACGAAUCUGACAGAGGCCGCUGUGUACUUUUUCAAAUCUCAAUUUCUUUCACGAGUGCCAUUCGCACCUGCUGUUCUCACGUAAAUCCACCAGAGGCCGCUGUUGACUAACUCCCAGACUGACUGACCAACCGACCCAUAUCCCCACCCUCCCCCUUCCCUAAACCCAACCAAUAGUAUUUUGAAAAGCACCGACUGACCCGCCCACAUCCUUUUCUAAACCCAACUGCAGUGUUUUGAAAAGCAAUCCAGAAAAAGAAAAGCCUCCUGAUUUUUUACUAUGUUUCAGAUUUUACCACAUUCUUACACGGUUAUUUACUUGUUUAUUUUUUUGUUUUUGACUUCUGUUUUUGUCUUACCUGGUUUCUGAAACUGUUCUUCACCGGAAAUGGAACAGCAUCAUACCGCCUCAUAGCGUUCCUUUAAAAGACAAAAUGCAGCCAUACGUAGUUCUGGCUAAAUAAUUCGUGAUCUCCAGAAACGUAUAUAGGGCUACAUUUUUAGAAUGAGCCUAUGUUGUAAGUUUUGGUUACAUUUUCUUAUCCCCCAAUUGUAAGGGUUAAAAAUUGCAAGAUUUCAUAUUAAUUAAAUCAUAUGAAUUUGUACAAGUUUUUUGGCAAUAUUUUUCCGUAAGAUCACGCUUGUAUUAUGUGUUCAGUCUAUAGUAGGGAUGCACCAGAGUAAAAAUUCUGGGUCAAACUUGUAGUAAAAUGUAGUAUGCUCUAGUCUAGGCCAACAACCCAAAACCGAAAAUGCUUUGUAAUAAUUGUGUAUUAAAGAGCCCUUAUUACGCAUUAAAAAGGGUCAUAAUUUGGUUUUAGGGGUCUCCAACAACAGUCUGACAUGCAUGCAAGCUCAAAAAACACUUUCAUUGUCUUCUAGUAUGCAUUUUUUUACCUAAUUAUCCCAACGACUCCCAUAUGAUUCGUUCAGCGAUUCAUUUAUUACCAAACCCCUCUUUAGCGUGAUGCUAAUUUGUGCUAAUUGGUCCGAUGACCCAGUCUGCUGUGAUUAGUCGACUGCGAUCAGCGCGAGACAGAGAGAAAUGCCCGCCACGGCUUAUCAACAAUAUUGAAGUAGUCAGAGUGCAGAGUGUAUGUGUGAGCCCAAUGCAGGAGUGCAUUAAAGCAAUGCAGUUUAACACCAGCGUGUUGCUGUAUUCUUAACCAUAAGUAAAAACAGUGACACACACUCAGUAUUAAUUCAUACAGCGCUAAAAGCUGAACUAUUUGAAACUUGACUGCCGCACGUGAGUAGGAACAGCUGACGGUGGCCAUAGCAACGACAAAUGGCAUAUGAUUGCAAGCUCACAAACAUAGUUAAAUUCGUGAACAAAGCGAUACGUGUCACAUUUCCGAUGUGGCGUUAAUCCCCCUUUGUAAGCGUGUAGAUUGCUGAAGCACUCAUCAGAAAAAUGACAGGAACACAGCACAAGGCUGGGGCUAUAAUGCUGAGGUAUUUUUGCAAAAAUAAACUUUAGCCACUGACUCGUCACAGCCUCAUCUUUGGGUAGGGAAAAUAACACUACCUUUCCCUCACACGUCAGAGCACAGCAUCUAUGCGACUUGAUUCAACCGGGAUCUGCUACAGUGUUCGUCUUCCUCUUUUACUUUCUACAGUGUUUGUGGCCAGGGGGGGUUCAAUUUUUCCAGGUCUGCACGUGCAACAAAUGGGUGGGGCCAUUUGAGUUCCGUAUUGAUGUCACGCCGACACAGCUAAAGAUUCGUUGCCGUGGCGAUUCAUCGGCGAGUCGACUCUUUCAUAGAUGAAUCAAUAUUUUUAAACAUGGUGCACUUUCAGAUUUAAGCCUUGGCUGGAUAUUUCACUUCACUUAGAGCUGAGUUACACACUGUAUGGAAAGUCAUUUUCAAAAAUCUAUAAUAGGGGCUCUUUAAAAGUUAGACAUUUUGAAUUGAAAUCAAUAACAUAAAUUUUAUUGUUUAAUUUAACCACAUUUUAUGAUAAUUAUUUUUUUAGGGGUUUCCACCUUUAUUAUACAGGACAGUAGAGAGUAUUGACAGGAAAGCAUGGGGAGCAGAGAGAGGGGAAGGAUCGGCAUAGGACCGCGAGACAGGAAUCAAACUCAGGUCGCCGUGAGCACUGGAGUGCAUGUGUCGACGCACUAACCAACAGACCACUGGCACCGACUUAACCCCAUUUUAUUGACAGUAAAAAAAAAUCGGCGUCAUUGAGAAGUGCCAUCUUUCCACCGUUGCAGUGACAGCACAGUACUGCUAUUGGAAGAACCAGGAAAAAAUAUACUGCAUAGAAAAUGAGAAAUGUCCUGUCGGCGUGUUAUUUUGUACUUUGGUUUUCUGAUGAGCAUGUGCGGUUCAUCCAUAGAUACGUCUGUGUACAUGAGUGGAAUAUGCACAGUGUAAAAUAUUGAGCUAAUUUGAACUUUGACCGCUAGCUGACGAUGCGUUUCCCGGCUCCCCUGUGCAGUGUUUGGCUCAUGGAUUUUCUCUUUUGCUCAAAAAAACGCAUUUUUGGUCGAUAAUUUUUAGCUGCAAAACAUUUGGUGCAUCCCUAGUCUAUAGAUAUGAAAGGAGUAGGCCGAGUAAAGGCUGUUGAAUCAUUAGAAAAUAAUGCACAAUGUGGCGAUGUGGCUAUGACAUGAAGCAGAGUGACAGUUACACCACGGCUGUGCAUUAUUCCCUAAUAAUUCAAUAGACCAGAGUCAGUUAUUCCACUUAUACCAUGGUUACCACAUCUCAAGCCAAUGUUCGGACAUUUUAUUUAAAGACAUUUGUCAGGUUUUUGUCCUCAGACUGCCCCUGUGUGAAGUACUUUCCCAUACAUCUCAUCCAAAAUGAGAUGUACAGUAGGCUGUGAAAUAAUUAAAAUUAUUCAGCGUCGUGAUAUUAAACUUUAAAGCGGUCAAAAUCUGCCUAGAACCUCUUUAGCUGUGUUCAUCUGAAAAUAACUGUACACCUUAGAAUAAGCAGCAAGCAUUCAACAGUCCCAUAGAAUAAACACGAGUACUUGACGACCAAAAUAACAAUGGAGGACAACAAAACUAAAGUAACAUCGCCAUCUACUAGCCUGGCAUACAUAGUACUGUUUUUGUUUUUGCAGAUUUGUAUGAACGGGGAUCAUUUUGACAGUGUUGUCUGUGCUUAAAAAAGAAAGAAAAACUUCUUUAUGUUUUUAGUACUUUCAUUAUUGUGUAAUUGUACCCUGAAUAACAAGGAGAGAAUCAAACGUGUCCCAAAGUGCCUGCUGACUGUUUUAUAGCUCUGCCAAACUUCUUGUGUAAAUACAUAUAGACUGAGGAAUUCAGGGACUAGUUCUUUUGGUUUGACUUGUGUUAAAGGUCAAUCUAUGUGAAAGUGAUGUCAGGUCAGUAACUGUAAUCUCUUAAGGGUAGAAUUUAUUGAUCAAUAUGUGAACAGACGUUAUCACAUGGCAUGGAUUAAAUGUUUGAUGAAAUACCUCCAUUGUCAAAGCUAUCUUAGAUAACAGCAUGUAAAAUAAGGUAUUUAUAUUCUUAUUAUUCGCACUGAUAGUACAUUUGAACAUUGUA